UUUCAGUCCUCAUUUGCUGAUGAGUUAGAAGAAUUACGCAAAAUCUCCUACGCAUCUACUGCAUCAUCGACGAGAUCAGCAGAGGAGAUCCUCCGGAAGCACUCAAUGGAUCCGGAUGAAUAUCUUCGCAAAGCCUCUUGUAUAUCUGAUUGCUAUUAUGAUCUACCAAUCGAUACACGACCUAAAAUGAGCGAUGCUAUACCACACAUCAAUAUCGGGCGCGAAUAUCAAGCUCGAGUAAGAAAAUGGAAUGAUAGAAAAAUUCAUGCCUCCGAACUCGAAGCUAUCGAAGAUCGCGACGAGAUUGUUUUUUCGCCGGACAUCCUACGCGAUAUUGAGAAGGACCAAAGCAAUAUCGAAGCGGCUGUAGCUGAUCUACUUCGAUCGGACACCUUAGAUUGGGAACAAUACCAAAUUAUCUACGGUUCCUCCUAUCUUGACAGUAAUUCAUGGACUCCAGAAGAAGUUAAUGCAUUCCAAGAUGCUAUCUAUAAGACUGAAAAAGACUUCCAUCAAGUGGCACAAGAGGAUCCUUUCGAAUAUCGCGGUCGAGCAGGAAGCUUCCUAUCCCAAUCCGGUGGCAUAUGCGUAUCGCCGCUUCGAGAGCCACUAUCUGCCUCUAUUUCUCAAUCUUUGCUGGGCCUAAGGCCUUCACCACCACUUAAAGAUCUCUCUGGUUUACAAAGGAAUUACCAACCGUCUGCCCCUCGAACUCAACCGCACGCAUCUUCGAAUAGCAAGAAAGGUGCACAGCCGAGUGCUGAUGGAUUCUUCCAUUGCCGUUUGUGUGACAAAUGUUUCGAGAAGGUUAAGUCUCUCAAUGCCCACAUGAAAUCGCACGCGAUGAAAGCACGAGCAGAAGCUGAAGCAAAAGCGCAGGUAGACGCCCAGUUAGCAGCGCAUUCAAACCCCUUCCAAAACGGACAUCUAAGCCUUACUGGAUUGACCACCUCAUUACAAGGAGUUUCUCCGACCUUACAAGGUGUUUCUCCAUCACUGCCAGGUGUUUCACCCUCUUUGCAAGGUGUUUCGUCAGCACUGCAAUCGGUCACGAACAGCGCUGCUUCAGGACUUGCCCUGCAACAGGUAAUACUUCUAUGCAUUUUUACCUACUUUUUCGUUCUUAGUCACUUUAGAGGAAUAUAAAA